AUGGCACCCCAAGCAAUUGACUCUCUCGCCGACUUCAGGAAAAUCAUUGACGGCCCGAAACCCGUAGUCAUCGACUUUUGGGCGACAUGGUGUGGACCCUGCAAGAUGAUUGGACCUGUCUUCAAGAAACUCGCUGACAAGCCUGAAUUCGCCGGCGUCGAAUUUUAUACCGUCGAUGCUGACGAGCAGCCUGAAAUCAUGGACGAGGUCCAGGUUUCUUCUAUGCCUACGUUCCUUGCGUUUAAAGAUGGAAACAAGAUAGCGACUACAAUAGGUGCCAUACCGAAGAAUCUUUUGGAACUUAUCAAUACAGCCGUCGCCGCUGCUUCACCUGUACCUGAAGAUGUAUCAGCUAAGGAUGAUGCCCCUAUUGAGGCCAAGGCAUAAUUAGACUCCGUGAAGGCAUAGUUCUUCUCUUUCCAUGCACGAUGUAAUUGUGUCAAAGCAAUGACUUGCGCGUUCGCCGUGUUGUACCUUCCUGUACCAUAUUUUAGUCUAUCACAGAAG